AUGAGACCGAACCUUUCGGUGACCCUUCUCGGCUGGCUCUGUGCGGCCGCGGACAGUGUCCGGGGGCAUUCAACCGUGUCCGUUUUUUUGCCUGAAUAUGAGGAGUCAGACUGGGCAGCGCUACGCGGAAGUGUCAUUAGCAGUGACAAAUCCGUCACAACCUAUACCGUGUUCUGCGCGGAGCAGGCUCCGAGCUGCCGGAUUGCGGGGGACAUCCCGUUUAUUUUCACAGAAGGGGCUCAUACGCUAGUAUAUCGGGGCACUGACCCGGGGGUGUUAACUGCCGAAUUUGACUGCCAACUGAAAGAAAAGACGGCGGCAACCUGCACCGGCUCAUCUUCUAUCGGGGUGAGCCACCGCGACGGCCCCCUGACCGGGCCGACUGAGACCGUUUGGACGAAGACAUUGACCGCAGAUGAUGUGACCUGGGGUAUCUUAACCCUGUCAACGCCUGGUCCGGGGUCGGGAUCUGGGCCGGCAGCGACAACUCCCAGCGGCGGAAAUUCACUACUCGCGCCUGCGACAGAAACCUCAACAGCAACGUCAGGAAGUGGACGGAUUUUGGGCGAAGGGGAGAGAAGUUUACUGGCUGCAUCGCUUGGGGCUCUGUCGGUUAUCUUGUGGUUGGCUUGA